AUGUUCUUCCUAUACCCGCUCACCCUUCUCUUACUCUCGCUCUUCGUAGUAGCCGCACCUAUAACCCCAUCUUCCUCCAAGAGAUUACCCGAAUUUGAGCCAGUACGAUUCCUCAAUCAUUUCGGAACUUCUAUACCAGCGGAUACGAAGAUCACAUUAGAAUGGCAAGGUGGUAGCGGAAGAGGAUUCGACGUUUACUAUAUUCCACAAUGGCCUGAACAAACUGAUUAUUACCCCGUCGAGCUAGUAUCUGGUACAACCGAUACUGAAUUUACAUGGCAAACACCUAAGAAAGAUGAUUAUCCAAAAGGAACAACAUUUAUCCUCGGUGUAAAUGAUGUCGUCACUUCGUUGUCAUCAGAUUGGUACGACGUGACAGGACUUCUAAAUUUCGCCCACUAA